CAGGGAAGAACUUCUUCCUCCAUUGUUACAUUGUAACAAACGGGGCCGGGGCGAAACGGGGAGAAAAGGCGACUUCUCGUUAGUUCGUUUGCAACAUUUUGACACCAAUCGGGGGGGGGAAAGGCCAAUCCGCAUUAAUACGAGAAGACAGCGAAGUAAGCACCGCCGACCGAACCCGCCCCGGUGAGAAAAAGGAUAAACCAACACAGAUGUCAGCGGAUUUCUCCAUCGCAGUCAUUUCAAGGCUUACAUCAGGAAGAUAAGGCACUCGGUUACAUUUAUUCAUGUUGCACCGAAAAUGUUGGGGAAUAAAUCGCAGUUAAUCAUAUGACGCCCCUCUUUCUGCAGUCUGUCUUUUAAAAUAGAUAGGCAUGCAACAUUUAAACCAAACCCGCAGGUCUAAUAGACAGCUCCUGCUUUCUCUGUGAUCCUUCAGUGUGCAGAACAAUGAGCAUGGAACCUAAAUAGCCUCAUAUAGUCAGAUAUAAGUGUUGCAAAUUGACAGUCACGCCAGCUUUCAGCCAGAUCACUUGGGGUUACCAUUGCUCCGCGGUUGCAGUCUGGAUACUCGGUUCAGGAAUACCGGUUCUGGCACAAAAAGAGCAUCUCAUAGGGCGUUAAAAGAUUGAUGUGCAGCUCACAUUAGAAAAGGGAAAAGACCUACGAGUUGGUUGGAAUAAGGGUCUCUGUUUCUGCUCCAGUCUCUUGUCUGUGGCUCGACAUGCUGCUCUGUGAUCCUCAGACACCGAGUUUCCAUGGAGGCAGGUUCGUCCCUCAGUCUCAAACGAAGAUAUGAAGAGGUGGACAACAGCUCUCCAUUCUCUACACCCAAGGACUCUGACGAUGACAUCUCCAGCAGUGACAGCGCUGACAGCUGUGACAGCCUUAACCCCCCAUCAAGCACUGCAUUUACCCGUAAGGAACAACAGGAGACACACGUUAAAGCCACCUCCAUCCUCCGACAGCACAAGCCGUCACCAGGGGGGAAACGGGUGCGUUUUGAUGUGGUGACAGUGUAUUACUUCCCCCGGCGGCAGGGAUUCACCAGCGUGCCCAGCCAAGGGGGCAGCUCCCUGGGCAUGGCACGUCACCACUCCUCCAUCAGACACUACACACUGGGCGAGUUUGCCCGAGAACAGGAAACGAGUCACCGACACACUUUACGCCAGCAUCUACGCCAAGAGAAGCUCAAUGCCCGCAAGAUGAAGCUGACAAGGAACGGCACAGUGGAGUGCGCCCAGGCAGACCUGCUUACUCUGGAGGAUGUAUCGGAUGAGGACCUCGAUGUGGACGGGGUGGAGGUGGAUGAUUGUUUCUUCCUUCAGCCGCUGCCCACAAAGCGUCGUCGAGCCCUCCUGCGAGCCUCGGGCAUCGCCCGCAUAGAUGCCAGGGAGAAAGCUGAACUCAGAGCUAUCCGCCUCUCGCGUGAGGAAUGCGGCUGCGACUGCCGCUUAUAUUGUGACCCUCGCCACUGCGGCUGCAGCCAGGCUGGUAUUAAGUGCCAGGUGGAUCGAAUGUCAUUCCCAUGUGGCUGCUCUAGGGAUGGUUGCGGCAAUGGAGCAGGCCGCAUCGAGUUCAACCCUCUACGUGUCAGAACUCACUACCUGCACACCAUCAUGAAGCUGGACCUGGAGAAGAGGAGGAUGCUUAUACAAGGGUCUGGGGACCAGUAUGCUGAAUCUGACCAGUUGUCCUCCCCCUCCUCCACUUGCCCCACUUCUCCGGACCUAUCCUCAGCCACUGGCCUGGAUUCUGAGCUGGAGGAGAGUGAGGUGCAGACAGUGGUGGAAGUUCAAGAUCUCCUGGCAGAGCAGGACAUUCUGGAGCGUGAGAAUGAGACAGCUGUGUUGCACCUGCAGAGUGCAGAGGAGCAGGAGAGGAGGGAGAGGGAGGAGGCAGAAGGGGAAGCAGUGCAGCAGGAGCUGGGCACAGGAGGUCUGACAGAGCAACCUCUCUGCCUCAUGCCCAGUGCCUUGGGAGGGGAGCUGCCCGAACAGGCUGAGGUGUCAGGUGUGGAGCAGGUCCUACUGCAGGGGCCGUUCCCCACGGGGGCCACGGUGCUGUGCAUCACUGAUAACCAAGAGGAGAGCCCCUCUGACCUCCUCAAAGACUCCACUUCUCUGCUCUACUAUCAGCUCAGUCCCAUAGAGCCUGAAUCCUUUGAGAACCUGCCUAGAGCAGAAGAGGCUGAACAGGAGGAGCGGUUGGUGAGAGAACAAGAUUCAAGAGGAGGCGAGUGUGUGGAGACAAAACAAGAAGGAGGAGAGGAGAGGAAGGAUGAUAAGCCUGAAGAGAUCACCGGCAGGCAGAAUUUGGGCAAGUGUUUGACCGAUGUAAUUCUGUGCUCAGAGGAACGUGUGGAAGUAGUGAAGGAGAGGCCCUUGAGUCUCCAGCAGAGUCUCCCUGAAGAGCACUGCCAACGGGCGUCCCGCUUGGAGGGAGAAGGAGAUCCACCGCCUCCUGAAGUCUAGUUUUAGCUUCUCUGCAGAUAUUUUGCACAAUAGCUUCAUCUAAGAUGAAAAAAUUACACAUUUCACAUUUAUCACUGCUAUAAUCAAGAAUGAUUACAGGUUGCAAUCUCUUGAAGUUGAAUUAUGUGGAGAAUAAGCUUGACUAUUACAAUACAUGAGUGGGGGGAGGGUGGGGGGUGCUGAAAGCACAUACUGAUCACUCCCCAGAAGUAAUAUGGAUGCAGUUACAAGGCAACAUUGUAUGUAAUUCUGUUGGGGGUGAUGAAUGCGGCCUUAAUGGGAAAACGUAAAAACACUUGCGAGUAGAAGUCAUUUGUCGAUGAGAGAGUACAGCAAGUAGUGCUUUGUUAAUUUCCAACGCAGCAAACAGAAAACACAAAGUGUGAAUGCUGACAAAAGCCUUUUGUUUGGUGAUGUAUUAAGUUAUCAAAACUAAACACAAAUUGUUUUGCAGUGCGCAAGAAGCUGGUGUGUUAAGAUACUUACUGGCUCACUUUCCAUUACAGCAAACAUGUGCUGUAGUCAAGCCAAAUGACGGCCUCUGAUAGUAUCUUCCGCUGAAAAUAGACCUAAUAAUCCUGGAAAUACUUGUUUUUGUGUACUGUAUAUGCAUUUGCAAAGUGCAAGACAUAGAUGGGGUUGCUGCUUUUUUGAUCUGUAUGCACAUUGUGAACUGAGGGCAGCGAGUGUUGGGGCUCUGCUGUUAUGAAGGUAAACCAACACUGAGCAGCAGACUAGCACUGGCCUUAGUUGUUGCUCUUGCUCACUAGGGCUGCUUGUGCAAAUGCAAUCAAUUUGUCAACAAAAACCUAGUUUACCUGUAGUUACAAUGCCUAUGAUAUUACUUAUUAUUUCUUUGAGUAAUGUGUUUUUUGUGAAUUAGAUGCUGUUGGUUUGAAGUCCUCACAGUGGGGGGGGGGGGGGGGGGGGGGGGGGAGGAAAGGAAAUGUUAUUUCCUUCAUACUGCUACACUGUAACACCAUGUAGUCAGUCAUGUCAUGUUGUGAUGAAAUGCCAGAAUAGAUCUUCUCACUCAUACCAUCUUAUAAUGAGUUAUACUGUAAGGAAGAGAUGAUUCUGUAUCAAGUCAAAUUUCAUAUGAAGAAAAGAGCAUUUAAAGAGUCAAAGAAAAUAACAGCCUGUGCUGUUGAAAGUAAAAUGAUGUGAUGUUACUAAUUUAUGAAACACAUUGACAACAACCUGAAUUUGUAGAUGUUAUGUUCAAUCUGUACAGUAUGUGUGUAUGUAUGUAUGAUACUUCACAUAUGUGUGUCUAUGCGAGAGAGAAAGUCAUGCACGCAUCUGUGUGUGCAUGUACAUGUGUAUGUACUGUACUAUGAAACGGGAGGGGGGUAUAUUAGUGAGGGUCAUAUUUUAUUCCUGAAAGGUGCUGAUGUUACAGAUUUAACAUUCACUGAUUUCUCCCAACCAUCAUGAGAAAUGUGAUUUCAAGGAGAUGUUUCUCGAUGACUGAUGUAAGACUUAAAAAUUGUUGGAGAGCCUCUCAUAGGACGCAAUAGCUACUGCACUGCAAAUCAUUGACGUGGCGAUUCUGGAAUGAGGUGUUUUGUCAUUGAGUAUGUAAAUGCAAUUGUAUAACAUUUCUGGUCUUUAAAUGUCUUUUUUAAGCUAUGUCUCAUUAAUACUGAUCUGCGUAAGUGUGCCGACUCUUCUUACACAAAAUCAGUCCUUUGUUUUGUUGCCUAAAAUCACAGCUGUUGCUUUUGGUAACACAGGAUGUGCUGCUGUGUAUGAGAUGUCUGAUCUAUUUCUUUGCCUUUUGUUUGAAAUUGUCUUUAUAUAAAUCUGUUUAAGAGUUGCACCAAAGCAGUGGUUCCAAACCUAAUUAAAUGACGCUUUCAUCCAUCAGAUUUUAACAGCAGUCUCCUGUAGUUAUUGUGAGGCUGUGAAUUUAUUGUGGCCCUUUGUGUUCGCGUGACUUGCCUGACAUAGCACCAUCUUUGAAGUGAUGAUGAUUACAAGCUGCCUAUUGUUGAGCUUUUGUCUUUGGCUUUCUACUAAUAGACAUAGAUUUGGGACCACUGCAUCAAAUCAACUUCACUACACUAUGUGAUUGUGUGUUUCUCUGUAUGAAAGGGGCGCGUGAUUGUUGAAAAGACAGAUAUGUUUAGACUUCAUCUAAAAGCUGUGAGAACCACUCUCAUGCUAACUGUUGCCUAAAAUGGACAAAAAGGUUUUUAUACAAAAAUAAAAACAAUAAAACACUCAUUUUAAAAUGGAUAACA